CAUUUUAGACCCUUUCAAUCAUCUUGUGUUCUUCACAAAAAUUCAUUUUAGACCCUCUCAAUCAUCUUGUGUAUAUCUCUUCUUUGGCUAUAGCAUGUGUAUAUUAAUCAUAUAUGAGAAGCUUCUUUCUUACUCGACCUUUGUCUUGCUAUUUGAUGGUGAAGACAUGGAAUCCAAUCAACAACAAAAAGUUUGAGGCCUUAUCCUAUCUACCGCCACUCUCUGAGGAAUCAAUCGCAAAGGAGGUUGACUACAUGAUCUCUAAAGGAUGGAUCCCCUGCUUAGAGUUUGAUGAGGCAGGGGAGGUGCACAGGAGCAACAGCCGGAUGCCCGGCUACUACGAUGGGAGAUAUUGGACGCUGUGGAAACUGCCGAUGUUCGGCUGCACCGAUUCUUUUCAGGUCCUCCGAGAAAUUGAGGAGUGCAAGGAAGCGUAUCCUACCGCGUACAUCCGCCUCCUCGCCUUCGAUAAUCAACGCCAGUGCCAAUGCAUGUCCUUUGUCAUUCAAAAGCCUACCACCAUCUUCACCACUGCUGCCGCCGGAAAUGCUUGAUGAUUCAUGAGAUGAACGAGCCUUGCAGUUGAGGCUUCUCAUGAGUUUGUUUUGUAGACCACAGAAUAAAAUCAGGAUCAGAGUGGAACUUUUCCGGAUCAAAGCAACUUUAUGAACGGUUUAAAAUACUGUUGUUGUGAAGGACCAGGAGUCAUCUAUUUGCGCCAACUCCUCUGUGAUGAAGUGAUUGGUAUAAGUAUUUUGAAUUUGUUAAUC